AACCCGCAAGUCCUUCACCUUCUUCAGUACUACUGUUCUCCGCAGAAUUCAAACCCUUCCCUCUCCUCCAAACCCCUAUAUCAAAUCACAUUCUGCAGCUCUCUUGCUAUGGCUCUUCCGAAUCAGGCAACUGUAUAUUUACCCAGCUUCAAGCUUGUCAUCGUCGGCGAUGGUGGAACAGGGAAGACCACUUUCGUGAAACGCCAUCUGACUGGAGAGUUCGAAAAGAAAUAUGAACCAACGAUUGGUGUUGACGUUCAUCCGUUGGACUUCUGCACAAAUUUUGGGUGGAUCAGGUUCUGCUGCUGGGACACAGCUGGUCAGGAGAAGUUUGGUGGACUUCGAGAUGGUUAUUAUAUUCAUGGAGAGUGUGCCAUCAUCAUGUUUGAUGUUACUGCUCGUUUGACAUACAAAAAUGUCCCGACGUGGCAGCGCGAUCUCUGCAGGGUUUGUGAGAACAUACCUAUUGUUCUGUGCGGAAACAAGGUAGAUAUGAAAAAAAGGCAGGUGAAAGCAAAGCAGGUCACCUUUCACAGGAAGAAGAAUCUCCAGUACUAUGAGAUUUCUGCCAAGAGCAAUUACAACUUUGAGAAACCUUUCUUAUACCUGGCCAGGAAGCUUGCAGGAAAAAAUGAUCUUCAUUUUGUUGAAUCACCUGCUCUUGCUCCUCCGGAGGUUCAUAUUGACAUGGCUGUACAAGCAAAGCAUGAACAAGAAUUGAAAGAUGCAGCUGCACAACCCCUUCCCGAUGACGAUGAUGAUCUGAUUGAUUCGUGAUCUACUAUAUGAUUCUACAUUUUGUACUAGAGGAAAAGGCAGUGUGGUGUACUUUUGAAUAUGUUAUCAAUGUGACCUGAACUAUAAAACUUUUUGCAAAUUAAGUUGGACAUUUUAUGCUGUCAAA